AUGUCUUGUUCACAGUCAUCGCCAGGCUACUACAACACACUUCCCUCCACAUCCACAACCACCACCGCCGCGCACUCCGUCUUCGCCAUGCGCUGUCCAUGGCGCGAGCUUGCCCAACCAUUCUCCUCCUUCACGCGCCCUUACACACUCGGUGAAGCCACCGCCCACGUCAAGUGCAACCUCGAUCACUUCUGCAUGAACUACGCGUUCAUCGCACUCCUCAUCCUCUUCCUUAGCCUCCAUUGGCACCCAAUCUCCAUGAUCGUCUUCCUCGCUAUGACACCUUCAUCCCCAAAGAAGAAAACACCUGCAAAGAAGGCAGAUAAGAGAAUGAAAAUGGACCCUAAUUUGUUCAGCCUCCUCUUCCACAUCACUGUCGACGACCGCAUCAUCUUGGCCUUGCUCUCCAUCAUCACCAUUGUCGCUCUAGUCCUCACCGAUGUUUGGCUCAAUGUCCUCAUUUUGCUAACUCUAGGUUGA